UUGUCCCACACAAAGGAGCAAAUGCAAUAAACACAAAUACAUGAAAUGAACUUUUAGGAAACCUUUCCGAGUUUGAAGGAUAUAUGCACUUUGGUUUUUGCUGAAAGUAACCUAUUCAUUUAACACAGAUAUAUAAACCAGGCUUGCAACUCAAUAAAUAUUUAGCUUAGUUCUAAAAGUAAAAGCUUGCGCUUCAACCCUACCCUCCCCCAAAAUUAUGUCAAAACAAAUUCGGAAAUUAUUGCCGACACACAAACUGUAAAAAAAAUCAAUUUUGGUUUCGGAAGCUGGCGACACAAAUCGGUUAACUGUAGACUACUUGCCAAAAGAUAAACGAUUUAGAUAAGAAUCAUGCAAAUAAAUAUUUAGUACUAUAAUUACGUCUAUAUCGGCAAGAGUGGAUCAAUUGCAUAAAUCAAGUUUCCAUCAGAAGCAGUGAUGACGACAGAGAAGAAGAUUGUUGUGUUAGGGGCUGGUGUAAUUGGACUUACCAGUGCUUUACUAUUAAAAAAAUGGGAUCUGAAUUAUGAUAUAACAGUGGUCGGGGCUCAUUUACCUGGAGAUAUCGAUAUUGAUUAUACAUCUCCAUUUGCAGGAGCAAAUUGGCAUUCAUUUGCUGAUGCCGAUGACUUAAGAUUACAAAAUUUUGAUAAGCCUGGAUAUUACAAGUUAAUUGAACUUGCAGAAAAUGAACCUAAAUCUGGUAUUUGGGUUAAAGAUAAUAUAAGUUAUGUUACUGAUAUUCAAUUCAAAUCACAAGGGUCAAAUCCAGUAUCAUUUUUACCAUGGUUUAAAGAUUUUGUUCACGAGUUUAAAAUAUUAGAUAAAAGUGAAUUACCUGAUGGAAUUGCCUUUGGAUAUAAAUUUAAAGGAGUGAUUAUAUCAGUUCCAAUCUAUUUAAAUUAUUUAUUGCAAGAAAAUUUAUCAAUUGGUAAUAAAGUGCACAGGAUUGCAAAAAUUAAAAAUAUCAAUGAGGUAAGACAUUAUCAUUCUUCAGGUUUAAAAGCUGAUUUCGUUAUUAAUUGUACUGGAUUAUUAGCUAAUACGAUUUCAGGAUUUAAAGAAACAAAGAGAAAUUUUCCAGUUCGUGGUCAAGUUUUACAUGUAAGAAAUCAUGCUAAGAAUGAAGUUAGUGUUGAAGGAUUCCCUAACCUUAAUAAUGAAAUGCUUUAUUUAAUGCCUAGAAAGGAAGGUGGAUGUAUUAUUGGAGGGUGUUUUCUUCAAGAAUUUGCUAAUACUAAAGUAGAUGAAGCAUUAACAAAACGUAUCAUUGAAAGAGCCAUUAAAUAUGUUCCUGAAUUAAUUGAUCCUAAUUAUAAGAAUAAUCCAACCUCAAUUGAUAUAAUUCGAACCAAUGUUGGUUUAAGACCAUUUAGAGAAAGUGGUGCUAGAGUUGAAAUCGAUGAAGAUAAUGAUUGGCUUAUUCAUAAUUAUGGUGCAGGUGGUGGUGGUUAUCAAGGAAGUUAUGGUAUGUGCCGAGAAGUUGUUAGAUUAUUAUACGAAAUAUUAAGACAAGAAGAUUCUUUAACAAAACAUAAAUUAUGAAUUGACAUUAUAUAAUUAUACAAAUAAUAACAACAUUUUAUUUACUUAUGUUACCAAGUAGGAUGAUUUAUAGUCUUUUGCAUUAAUAACCAUGUGCAGCGUAAUCUUAGCCUGCUCUCUUUUUAAUUACACAAGGCUCUAACCAAGAAACCAAAUAUUUGCUUAGCAUAUUGUUUUUGAUGUUCUUUAUCAGUAUGAUCAGCAAUGAAACCUCCUACUUUACUUUCUUGAUUCACAAAUGCAGUGGGUUGAUCACUAAAUGUAUGAGUAUUGACUUUAAUUUCUCCAUAUCCAUGUUGGGCUGGGAAAACGUCUAGAUUAGAUGGAUGUUCUGGAAUUGACAUGUUGUUUUAUUAUUAAACCACAAACGAUUGACUAUU